AUGGCUGCACAGAGCAGAACACGACAGUUCAGCUACAUCUAUCGUUCACCCUAUCUGCGAAAAUCCAUGAUUCCCCAACAAUCGUUUGUCCCGUCCGCAUUCGCUUGCCCGUAUGAACUGUUCAGUGUGCUCGAUGAUAAGGCAGAUAGGGAUUCGGUCGAGUAUACAAUGACACACGGAUCCACCCCGGAAUUUCGUGCACUUCAUCUGUCCUAUCUGAUGCUCACAAUUGCUGAAAUGCCUCCAGAUAUGGAAAUGAUUUUCCCACCCGGAUUUGGCUACGAUCGAGACUGGUGUAAAGAUACAACCGAGGCCGGGAAUGGUCCACAGAAAGAGUCAGAUACUAUGCUCUGUGGAUAUCGUGUGAGUUCUUAUGUGAAAGCAUUGGAACUGCUUGUGGAAUUUCGACUGACCACCGUGGUCACUGCUAGACAAGUGGUGAUUCGACUAAAGCAGCUGGACGAGACCCAAGAGGAACCCAAACCGUCGAAAUGCAAAGCAUGCAUGGUCCAAAUCGGCGGACGUACGCGUAAUUCAUAUUCCCCUGGUGAGGUUCAACGACUCCUCCUGGCUGCGGUCUGUUUUCGUCGUCCACAUAUGGUGUUCUUGGAUGAAUCGACCAGUCAGUUGAACGAACGUUCGGAAAUUCGUGCCUACAAAAGUCUGAAAGCGCGAAACAUAACCCCGGUCACGGUCGGACAUCGUAUGAGUUUACGCGUGCAUCAUGUGGAAGAGUUACGUUUCAUUCCGUUACGCGGCCCCACGGAUCAGUCAGACUUGCCACCGCAUAGGGUCAUCGCGUCCGGGCCGAAUUGGGAACACGUGGAGUAUGAUUUGGAUCAGUCCACAACGGAAAGUGGAUCAUCCUGA